AUGGUCCUCGCCGACCUCGGCCGCCGCAUCACCAGCGCGCUCAGCGACCUCUCCAAGGCGCCCGUGCUCGACGGCGCGGCCAUCGAUGCGCUGCUCAAGCAGGUCUGCGCCGCGCUGCUCGCCGCCGACGUCAAUGUGCGCCUCGUGUCGCGCCUGCGCGACGCCGUGCGCAAGGACGUCGCCGACGCCCUCAACACCAACGACAAGGGCCAGGCGGAGCGCAUGACCGAGGUGCAGCGCCACAACGUCGUGCAGAAGGCCAUCUUUGACCAGCUCGUCGCGCUCGUCGACCCGGGCAUCGAGGCCUGGGUGCCCAAGAAGGGGCGCGCCAACGUCAUCAUGUUCGUCGGUCUGCAGGGCUCCGGCAAGACGACGUCGUGCACCAAGCUCGCGCUCUACUACCAGAAGCGCGGCUUCAAGGUCGGCCUCGUCUGCGCCGACACGUUCCGCGCCGGUGCGUUCGACCAGCUCAAGCAGAACGCCUCCAAGGCGGGCAUCCCGUUCUACGGCUCCUACACCGAGUCGGACCCCGUCUCCAUCGCCGCGUCCGGCGUCGAGUCGUUCAAGAGCGGCAAGUUUGACGUCAUCAUCGUCGACACGUCGGGCCGCCACCGCGCCGAGACGGAGCUCUUCCGCGAGAUGGUCGAGAUUGCCGAGGCGACGAAGCCCGACCAGACGAUCAUGGUCGUGGACGCGAGCAUCGGCCAGGCCGCCGAGGCGCAGGCCAAGGCGUUCAAGGAGGCGGCCGACUUUGGCGGCAUCUUUGUGACGAAGCUGGACGGACAUGCCAAGGGCGGUGGCGCCAUCUCUGCCGUCGCGGCGACAAAGACGCCGAUCCUCUUCCUCGGCCUCGGCGAGCACGUCACGGAUCUCGAGACGUUCCGCCCGCAGCCAUUCAUCUCCAAGAUGCUCGGCAUGGGCGACAUGUCGGGCCUGCUCGAGAAGGUGCAGGAGGUGCAGCAGAUGCAGGACCCGAAGAAGCAGCAGGCCAUGCUCGAGAAGAUUGAGCAGGGCGGCGUGUUCAGCCUGCGCGACUGGCGCGAGCAGGUCGGCAACCUCAUGAACAUGGGCCCGCUGUCGAAGAUCGCCGGCAUGAUCCCGGGCCUCGGCCAGAUGAUGGCCGGCGCCGGCGGCAACGACGAGGCGGCGGGCGACAAGAUGAAGCGCAUGACGUACAUCCUCGACAGCAUGACGUCGGCCGAGCUCGACUCGGACGGCAGCAUCUUCUACGAGCCGCGCAAGGACGCGCUGCGGCGCGAGAAAGAGCGCGCCGCCAAGGAGGAGGAGGAGCGCAGCGUCGCCGUGGCGUCGAGCAGCAAGGCCGAGGACAAGAAGAAGAAGAAGAAGCCCAAGGUGCCGGUGCGCAUGAACGCACGUGCGCGGCGUGUGGCACGAGGCAGCGGCACGAGUGUGCGCGAGGUCGAGGAGUUUCUCAUGCAAUACCGCAUGGUCGCCAAGCUCGUCAAGUCGAUGGGCGGCAAGGCCGGCUGGCUCAAGCAGAUGCAGGGCGGCGGAGCGGGCGCGGGCCGGGGGCGCGGGCCGCCGGCGCUGCCGCCGGGCAUGACGCCCGAGAAGAUUGCGCAGAUGCAGAGCAUGUUGUCGCCGGAGAUGAAGGCGCAGCUGCGCAUGCCGGGCGGGCGCGAGAAGCUGCUCAAGCAACUACAGCAGUCCGGCGAGAUACCGCCCGAGCUGGCAGCAAUGGGCGGCAUGGGCGGCGGCAUGCCCGGCCUCGGCGGGCUCGGCAGCAUGAUGCAAGGCAUGGGGUGA